CUGGACUUUGCCUUUUUCCUCCCUCCUGGAGCCGCCUUUGUUUGCCUUCCCCUUUGUGGACUCUGUGGCUAAGUGGGAACCAUGGCUGCUCAGAAAGAUCUCUGGGAUGCCAUUGUGAUCGGGGCAGGCAUCCAGGGAUGCUUCACUACAUACCACUUGGCCAAACACGGGAAGAGGGUCCUCCUGCUGGAGCAGUUCUUUCUCCCGCACUCCCGAGGAAGCUCCCACGGACAGAGCCGCAUAAUCCGAAAGGCUUACUCUGAAGACUUCUACACCCAGAUGAUGAAUGAGUGCUAUCAGAUAUGGGCCCAGCUGGAGCUCGAGGCAGGGACCGCCCUGCACAGGAAGACUGAACUGCUGGUCCUGGGAAAGGAGAAUCCAGGAUUAAAGACAAUGCAGGCCACUCUUUCUAGGCAGGGGAUAGAACACCAGUACCUCACAUCUGAGGAACUAAAGCAACGUUUCCCGAAUCUCCGGCUCACCAGUGAAGAAGUGGGGCUCUUGGACAAGACUGGGGGGGUCCUUUACGCGGACAAGGCCCUCAGAGCCCUCCAGGAUGCAAUUCACCAGUUCGGAGGAACAGUAAAGGAUGGAGAGAAAGUGACAGAGAUAAGACCUGGGCUCCCAGUCAGGGUGAAAACCACCUCUAGGAGCUACCACGCCAAGAGCUUGGUCAUCACAGCAGGUCCUUGGACCAACCAGCUCCUCCAACCCCUGGGAAUUGAGUUACCUCUCCAGACUCUGCGGAUCAACGUGUGCUACUGGCCAGAGAAGGUUCCUGGGAGCUAUGGUGUGUCCCAAGCCUUUCCCUGCUUCAUGUGGCUGGGCCUGGCUCCCCAUUCAGUCUAUGGGCUGCCUGCAGGAGAGUACCCUGGGCUGAUGAAGGUCUGUUAUCACCAUGGCAACAACGUGGAUCCCGAGGAGCGGGACUGCCCCACGGUCUCCUCAGGCAACCAGGAUGUCCAAAUCCUGUGCCGCAUCGUCAAAGACCACUUCCCCGACCUGAGGCCUGAGCCCGCCAUCGUGGAGCGCUGCAUGUACACAAAUACUCCUGAUAAGCACUUUGUUCUUGAUCGUCACCCAAAGUAUGACAAUAUUGUCAUUGGUGCUGGAUUCUCUGGGCAUGGAUUCAAGCUGGCCCCUGUUGUGGGAAAGAUCCUGUACGAAUUAAGCAUGAAAUUAACGCCAUCCUAUGACUUGGCACCAUUUCGGAUAAGCCGUUUCUCUGGCCUGGGCAAAGCCCACCUUUGAUGACUGACUUCCCUUCUGUGCCCAGGCCUCUGCUGGGAAAGAGUUCUCAAAUAAAGGAAGUGGCCCUGAGAUGUAUCCUUUUCUCUU